AUGUACCGCGUCACCAACCCUACCACCGACUGGACCGCCGACCGCAUCCCUGACUUGGCUGGGCGGACGAUUAUUGUCACAGGUGGAAAUGUCGGAAUCGGUUAUGAGACAAUCAAAGCUCUCCUGCAGCGAAAUGCGAAGGUCUACAUGGCCUCGCGUAGCAGGCAGAAAGCUGUAGAGGCUAUUUCUCAGCUCAAAAACGAGACUGGCAAGGAGGCCAUCUUUCUUGAACUCGACCUCAGCAGCCUCGCGUCAUGCCGCAAGGCCGCAGAGGAGUUCCUGCGUAAGGAGACGGAGCUUCAUGUUCUGUUCAACAAUGCCGGAGUCAUGGUACCUCCAAUUGACAUGGUGAGCGCGGACGGAUAUGACCUUCAGUUCGGCACGAACGUCGUUGGCCACUUCCUAUUCACGGAACUCCUUCUUCCCGCUCUCCGCGCGGCCACACAGUCUUCAGUGGAUCACCAUGCGCGCGUAAUCACGACAUCCUCCUCCGGCGCAAUGAUCUGCCCCAUCGAUUGGGAUACACUCAAGGACGGCCCCGCUCGCCGGAAAAAGUCGAUCAACCUGCUCUAUGCGCAGAGCAAAUUUGUGAGUACUCGCUCUCUUCUCCUGGUUGUGCGAAUUGUCGUGACUAAUGCGAUGGCGGUAACGAAGGCGAAUGUUGUCGUCGCACGCGAGCUCGCCAAGCGCUUUGCAGAUGAGAACAUCCUGUCCAUCUCCGUCGACCCAGGUACACUUCUUUCUUUCUUUCUUUUUGUUUUCGCGUUCAGCUCUUACCCCGCCCCAAUAGGUGCGAUCCGCACCGAGUUACAACGACACUCGGCGGCAGCCGGCGGUAUCAUGGGAUGGUUCUCCAAGAAUACACAAUCGUGGCUCCGCCCUGCGUCGUUCGGCGCGCUCACACAGCUCUGGGCAGGCACGACGCCUGAGGCGCUCAAUUUCAACGGAAAAUACUUUGUUCCGACAGCGAGAGAGGCGAAGUGCCGGGCGGAGGCGUACGACGACGACCUGGGCCAGAAGCUCUGGCAGUGGCUCCAGAAGGAGACGGGGACGGAAUGA